AUGACCCUCCGGCAGCUGAUAAUAUUUGCCCAUCUUUGGGCACUAUGCCUGGCCAAUAUCAACAUGUUCAUAAGCAAGGAGGAGAUGAAUCGGACAUUGGGUGUCAAAGCUGAGCUAAACUACAUUGAAAUGGGUAGCAUCAAUACUUAUUCCACGAAAUUCCAUUAUCGAGUUAUGGCCAAUAUUGACUACGUUUCGUUCACUUGGAAUGCAGUUGGACAGGUUGAUUACGAUGUCCGGGUAGAAGCAGAUGACUCUUCAGUUCUUCCUAUAAUCCGUAUCCCUCUCAAGGGACGCGUACCAGCCUCCUUUCAAGACUUCAGCGUCGAAUACAGAUGCGCGGGUCAUCGAUCCGGACAAUUUACUGUCAGCCUAUAUUUCAAUUUCUACUACGACGGCAAGACGGUGCCGGUCAAAUUGAGACAGGAGAAAAUUUGCGCGUCACGAGAUGGACGGCGAGGAUUGAAUGGUGGAUACGAAGGAACCGAAAUUGAUGAUCAUGACUCUAUUGACAAGGCAUUUUUUGUCAUCAUCUGUAUUGCCGCCGCCUUCCUGCUCAUUGUUGCAGCUACCCUCAUCUGCUAUUUCAAGAGAUCAAAAAAAGAAGACAUGAUUCAAACUCGACUUCCGACAUCUUUCCGAAACUCGCUGAAAUCCACAAAAAGCGCGCAACCAUUUCUUCUGAGCACUCCGAGAGAUGGUAAUCCGGCACUCGUUUUCCGCUUCUUUCGAAUAGAGAUCUUUUUUGCAGGACCUCAAACACUUUCGGCAGUUUCGAGCGCUCCUUGUUCUUCCUCAACGUCGGGGAAUUCGAUAAUCCCGGACAGGCCGCGAAACAUUGACGUGCGACGUGCAUUGUUACAACUAUAUCAAGAUCGAGAAGCAUUCCAACCUCUACCCUAUGUAGAUAUGGAAGGAACUUUUGGUGAAGUGAGAUACGCAAUUUGGCGUCAAGUAGACGACGUUCUCAAUGGGGACGUCGACGACGAGGAGGAUGCGUUUUGCAAUCAGGAAGCGGUUUACACCAAAACCUUGAAAAAGAAUGCUUCAUCGAUUCAGUUGGAUCGGUUUCUGUCCGAUGCGCUUCUUUUCUACAACAUCACACCUCACCAAAACUUGUCUCAAGUGGCAUGCGUCGCAUCUUUCGGAAGAUUCGACCGCCCGGAAACUGUCACAGAUUUUCCUCUGGUCUGUUAUAGGCAUCAAGGUUUUGGAAAUUUAAAGAAGUUCCUAGCCAAUUGUAGACACGGAGAUAAAACCAAAGGAGCUCAAACUCUCAGAACUCAUCAGCUAGUUGCUCUUGCCACUCAGUUAUCCUCAGCGGUUGCUCAUCUUCACAAAUACCGUAUUGUCCACAAUGACAUUGCUGCCAGAAAUUGCUUGAUCGCUGAAGUAAAUGGACGUCUACAGGUCCAACUUUGCGAUUCCGCACUGUCUCGGGAUCUCUUCCCUGCUGAUUAUCAUUGUUUGGGAGAUAAUGAGAACCGCCCAUUAAAAUGGAUGGCUCCGGAAGCAAUUGCUAGCGGAUUAUACUCGUCGUCCGCAGAUGUUUGGUCCCUAGGAGUGCUCAUGUGGGAACUGAUGUCGCUCGGUGGCUCACCAUAUGCCGAAAUCGAUCCUGAAGAUGUGUAUACAAUGAUUCUCAAAGGAGCGCGUCUCCAUCAGCCAAACAAUUGCCCAGAUCAAUUAUACAAAGUGAUGCUCUGCUGCUGGCGAGUGCUAAGUGAGGAACGGCCGAGCAGCGAACAGGUGCUCCAUGGACUACGUGAUUUCAACAUCCAACUCAGUCAAUACAUCUAA